AUGUCUGGUCGCGGCAAACAAGGAGGCAAGGCUCGGGCUAAGGCCAAGACCCGAUCAUCGCAGGCUGGUCUGCUGUUCCCGGUCGGUCGUGUUCACCGGCUGCUCAGGAAGCGGCUGCUCAGGAAGGGCCGAGUGGGUCGGGCCGGAGUUCCCAUCUAUAUGGCCGCCGUCCUGGAGUACCUGACAGCUGAGAUCCUCGAGCUGGCUGGCAACACCGCCCGAGACAACAAGAAGACCCGCAUCAUCCACCGACACCUCCAGCUGGCUGUCCGCAACGACAAGGAGCUCAACAAGCUGCUGGGUGGCAUCACCAUCACCCAGGGAGGCAUCACCAUCACCCAGGGAGGAGGUCUGCCCAACAUCUAG